AUGGCAAGGCAGAAUGUCACCCGUAUGCUGGAAUUCACCGUCCUGGGAUAUUCUGAGGCUCAGGAAUGGAAGGUUUGCUUUUUCCUGCUCUUUCUAGCCAUCUACCUGUUGACUCUUCUGGGGAAUCUUGUCAUCCUGUUGACCAUCAGUCUCAGCCCUCAGCUCCACUCCCCCAUGUACUACUUCCUCAGCGAGCUGUCCCUCCUGGACAUGUGCCAUUCCAGCGUCAUGCUCCCCAGGAUGCUGGCUGACUUCCUGGUGGGCUCCCGCUCCACCUCCUUUGGCUGUUGUGUGGCACUGCUGUAUUCUUUCCACUUCUUUGGAGGCGCCGAGUGCGUCCUGCUGAUGGUCUUGACCUACAACCGAUACGUGGCUACAUGUGACCCUCUGCACUAUGCCAGGACCAUGAACCAGAGGGUGUGUGUCCGGCUGGUGGCUGGGACAUGCCUGGUAGGGUCUCCCCAUUCAGCACUACAGACAUCCCUCACUUUCUGGCUCCCUUACUGUGGGCCCAAUCAGCUGGACCACUACUUCUACGACGUGCCGCCUCUGCUGAAGCUGGCCUGUGGUGACACUUCAUUAAAUGAGGCUGUCCUUUUUGCCAACGUCGGGAUCUUGGCCCUCAGCUCCUUGGACUUGAUCCUGGGCUCCUAUAUCCGGAUUGUCACUGCUGUGCUCCGGAUGCAGUCCGAGGAGGGGAGGCGCAAAGCCCUCUCCACUUGCCCUGCCCACAUCACCGUGGUCGCCUUGCUGUACGGCCCCUGCACUGUGUACAUGCAACGCACCCCUGGCCACCCCCUGCAGAAGGUGGCCGCCGUUUUCUAUACAGCUGUGAUGCCAGCACUGAACCCCAUCAUCUACGCCCUGAGGAAUAAGGAAAUCAAGAAGGCUGUGAGGCGACUGGGGUGGAGGCAGGUGUUUCCAUGCAGGAUAGUGCAGAGAAAUUCACUCCUGGGCACAGGGGCCAGCAACAGAGCUAUGCACCAAUGA